AUGCUUUCAUCGUCGCCCGCGAUCAUUCAUCAGGCUCCGCCCGCACUGGUCCAGCCACUCUUCUUGCAUAACCAUGUUCUGCGGAAGAAGUACCGAGAUCCUCUCAAGCUCAAGCAGGCUCUAACCAAGACGUUCGGAGAAGGGAAUUACAAGAUCAAGGUCAGAGCAGAUCGGUGGAUUGUGGCUAUUCCUAGAGAAAUGAGCAAUAAUGAAAUAGACGAGCUUGAGAAUUCGGUUUAUUCGCACUACUAG